UUUAGUAAAAGUCGGGAUCGGAGUAUUUGCUGGAGCCGGAGUUACUUAUCGAAAUUGAGAGGGUUUUUUUAUGCCCUUUCCAUUCAGCGGCCGCUGAGCAUAGCUGGUCUGGGUUGUGUGAUGCAGACGAGCUCAUAGACAUCGCUGGGUGUUGGAGUUCACUCAUUCGACUGUCCCGUUUUACUGAUGUCCGACUGCGCUUCCGCCAUGUUGAGYUGAUUCAAGUUGUGACUGCUGGGACCGAGGUGACAACAAGCUCCAGAAACCGGAUAGAUAGAUAGUGUUAGGGGGGUUGUUACGGCACCGGUGACGCAGGAAAAACACUCAGAAGCUAAGGGGAAAACGUAGGGAUCCGUUCUUUUUAGUAACAAGAUUGUGUCCUGCGAAACCGACACUAAUACAGGCGACGUUUAUGUAAUAUAAAUACAACGACACCACCGAGAGGGGAAGUCAUAUCAAAUUCCUGGUUAUGCAAUGGUCCCAGCAGCUCAUCCAGAUCUCCAGGUGCUUGUGUCCCUCUCUCGUGUGUUCGGGCUCUCUUCCCUCUGCUUUACAGCUGAGGUGGCUGUGAUUUCCCUCCUGGCCAGCGCUCCCUAAGAGGCCAAGAUUGCCAAGAUCUGCCCUGUGGCGAGCAUGACAGCCACCACGCGUGGCUCUCCGGUGGGGGGCAAUGACAGUCAGGGCCAGAGCCAGGCACCUGAUGCUCAGAGCCAACCCCCUCUGCCACAGAACCAGACAUCAUCUCCCAACUCAUCAAAUGAGAACUCUCCAAUUAGCCCACCAGAUGAACAGGCUCAGGUGGAUGGGCCCCAUCAGCUGGAAGAGGAAGAGCCAGCUUUUCCUCACACUGACCUAGCCAAGCUUGAUGACAUGAUCAACAGGCCUCGAUGGGUCGUUCCAGUUUUGCCAAAAGGAGAGUUAGAAGUCCUCUUGGAAGCUGCUAUAGAUCUGAGUAAAAAAGGACUGGAUGUGAAAUGUGAGGCAUGUCAGAGGUUUUUCCGGGAUGGGUUAACCAUUUCCUUCACAAAAAUCUUGACAGAUGAGGCGGUCAGUGGAUGGAAGUUUGAAAUACAUAGGUGCAUCAUCAAUAACACACACCGGCUGAUCGAGCUGUGUGUGGCCAAGCUCUCUCAGGACUGGUUCCCACUACUGGAGCUGCUGGCCAUGGCCACCAACCCCCACUGCAAGUUCCAUAUCUACAACGGCACACGGCCCUCUGAGACCGUACCUGCUGGAGCACAGCUAGCUGACGACGAGCUGUACGCUCGCCCACCAGACCCACGUUCUCCUAAGGGCUGGCUGGUUGAUUUAAUAAACAAAUUUGGCACAUUAAACGGGUUUCAAAUUUUGCACGAUCGCUUCAUGAGUGGCCAAGCACUGAACGUCCAGAUCAUCGCUGCACUUAUCAAACCUUUUGGCCAGUGUUAUGAGUUCCUCACGUUGCACACAGUAAAGAAAUACUUCCUUCCAGUCAUCGAAAUGGUUCCUCAGUUUCUAGAGAAUCUUACAGAUGAGGAGCUAAAGAAAGAGGCCAAGAAUGAAGCCAAAAAUGAUGCACUGUCCAUGAUAAUCAAGUCUUUAAAGAAUCUGGCUUCCCGUGUACCAGGGCAGGAGGAGACGGUGAAGAAUUUAGAGAUUUUUAGGUUAAAAAUGAUUCUUAGGUUAUUGCAAAUUUCCUCUUUUAAYGGCAAAAUGAAUGCACUAAAUGAAGUUAAUAAAGUGAUCUCCAGUGUGUCGUACUACACUCAUCGACAUAACCCUGAAGAGGAGGAGUGGCUUACUGCAGAGCGCAUGGCUGAAUGGAUCCAGCAGAACCACAUCCUUUCCAUUGUUCUGAGGGACAGUUUGCAUCAGCCGCAGUAUGUGGAGAAACUUGAAAAAAUCCUUCGAUUUGUCAUAAAAGAGAAGGCUCUUACCAUGCAAGACUUGGACAACAUCUGGGCUGCACAGGCUGGUAAGCAUGAGGCCAUUGUGAAGAACGUUCAUGACCUUUUGGCCAAAUUGGCGUGGGACUUCUCACCUGAGCAGCUUGAUCAUCUUUUUGACUGCUUCAAGGCAAGCUGGACCAACGCCAGCAAAAAGCAACGUGAAAAACUACUUGAACUUAUUCGGCGCUUGGCUGAAGAUGACAAGGAUGGUGUGAUGGCCCACAAGGUCCUGAACCUGCUGUGGAACCUGGCACACAGUGAUGAUGUUCCUGUAGACAUCAUGGACCAAGCCCUUAGUGCUCACAUCAAGAUACUGGACUAUAGUUGCUCACAGGACAGAGAUACACAGAAGAUUCAGUGGAUCGAUCGCUUCAUAGAGGAACUACGAACCAAUGACAAAUGGGUUAUUCCUGCCUUGAAACAGAUCAGGGAAAUUUGUAGCCUGUUUGGAGAAGCUCCGCAGAACCUUCCAAAGAAAAUUCCAAUUAACAUACACACGAACUUAGUGAGUCAAACCACAAGAAGUCCUCAUGUAUUUUACCGCCAUGACCUGAUCAACCAGCUGCAGCAUAACCACGCCCUGGUCACCCUGGUGGCGGAGAAUCUCUCAGCCUACAUGGAGACCAUGAGGCAGUUAUCCAAAGAAGAACAAGCAGAAUUUGAUCCUCAGACCGUCAGACCAGGAAGUCGCUACAGUCACGUCCAGGAAGUACAGGAACGACUGAACUUCCUGAGGUUUCUGUUGAAAGAUGGCCAGCUGUGGCUGUGUGCCCCUCAGGCUAAGCAGAUCUGGAAGUGUCURGCUGAGAAUGCAGUGUUUCUGUGUGACCGCGAGGCCUGCUUCAAAUGGUACUCAAAACUGAUGGGGGAUGAGCCAGACCUAGAUCCAGACAUCAAUAAGGACUUCUUUGAGAACAAUGUUUUACAGUUGGACCCGUCUCUGCUUACGGAAAAUGGCAUGAAAUGCUUUGAGAGGUUCUUCAAGGCUGUCAACUGCAGGGCGGGGAAGCUAGUAGCAAAACGCAGGGCCUACAUGAUGGAUGACCUGGAACUAAUCGGCUUGGACUAUCUGUGGAGGGUUGUGAUUCAAGGAAGUGAUGACAUUGCUAGCCGAGCCAUAGACCUAUUGAAAGAGAUCUACACCAACCUCGGACCAAAACUACAAGUCAACCAGGUUGAGAUUCAUGAAGAUUUCAUUCAGUCAUGUUUUGACCGUCUGAAGGCGUCCUACGACACGCUGUGUGUGCUGGACGGAGACAAAGACAGCAUUAAUUGUGCACGGCAGGAGGCCAUCCGUAUGGUGCGAGUUCUCACGGUGCUCAAGGAGUACAUAAACGAGUGUGACAGUGACUACCAUGAGGAGAGGACGAUACUGCCCAUGUCCAGCUGAUAACAGCCAAACUGACCCAGGUGAGUGCCAACAUGCCCUCAAGUCCAGACAGCUCAUCGGACUCAUCCACUGGUUCUCCUGGUAAUCAUGGAAACCAUUACAGCGAUGGACCCAACCCUGAAGUAGAGAGCUGUCUCCCUGGUGUGAUUAUGUCACUGCACCCGCGCUACAUCUCCUUCCUGUGGCAGAUAGCUGACCUGGGCUGCAACCUCAACAUGCCUCAGCUUAGAGAUGGAGCUCGAGUUCUCAUGAAACUGAUGCCUCCAGAUAACACCACAGUGGAGAAUCUGAGAGCUGUGUGUCUGGAUCAUGCUAAGCUAGGCGAGAACAGUCUGAGUCCUUCACUGGAUUCGCGUUUUUUCGGCCCCUCACCMUCACAAGUGCUCUACCUCAUUGAG